UCUCUUCUCUCUCUCAGGCUUGGCCAACACUGUUGACCGAUUGCUUUGGCAUGACACGACUUGCGCGUAAUCAUUCGGAAGAAGUGUACCGUUCGUCGCCGUCCGCUAACCCAGCUGAGCUUCUCCUUCAGCAUGGAAGCUCCUCACGAGAGGACACAUCGCCACUUACUGCACACACGCACGACCACACAUUGGCCAUGCCUUGGCUUUUCUGCCGCCAGAAAUCGCUCCAAGAAUUCGCACUAUCUGCCCCGCGGCACGAGCUCAUAGUGUAGAGUCCUAUGUUCAGAGUUGUCUGAAAUUAAUACGCGCUGCGAUGCCAAUCGCUCAUCGCAUGUUGGAUCUGCC